CACUGAGCAUGGCUCGUUUACGCAGAACGCAAGACGUGAGAUUUAAUCAUUACUUCCUUAAAACUUCCUUUCGGCUUCGGUAGUAUUGCUUGUGUGGUGCACUGGUUAUUUAAUCGGGUCCAUACCAUGAUGUCGACCUGUCUCUUCCUCGAUACCAGCCCAUCAGGCACGUCCGGCCGCCGUUACGCCCAAUGCAUCCUCAGCUAUUAGGCUGGCUUCUUCUUACACAUCGUCCCAAGGUGCCUUGAAAGCCUGCUGGCACACCCUUACAGCCGCGUUGUGUCUUGUAUAAACAUCGCCUAGGAGCGCCACUUUGGUCUGCACAAUUCGACUGUUCCCUUAAACACUUCCCCGCUGGCCCACACAAUGAGCCAUCAAGCUCACCAACAUAUAUCCUUUACCGAGCCGUUCGUAGCUAUGAGUUCCUGCGAAACCGAUUCCGAUUUGGGAAUACUUCAACCGUCUCACGCUCGACGACGUACACUAAAGCGAGAAGUUUCAAAAUCCUUUUUGCAUACGUGCAGCUACCUCGGAAAGCGUCGGAAAAGGUCACAAUCAGUGCCAGAGACGUCCAUCGACUACCCUUACCUGGUACUGCCACCUGGAGGCUACGUGAUGUCACCAUCAUCUUCCAAUGUCAGUAGCAACCACUCUGUCCUUACCACACCACUUCCCAGCCCUGCCAUUGACGACACGGAACACGGACUGGAACAUGGGUGGAGACAGUCGCAAGUUGCCGAGCUCCUCAACCGGCUCAACUUCAGGCUCAAGCGGCUCUUCGGCAGCCGGAGAGGCUCGGUCGAAGAUGGAGACCCGUCAGUGGCCUCUUCUGACACACGACACUCAAGCUUGUCUUUCAACCUGCGUGGUCUUGCAGAUCCAGCAAAUAUCGACUGCACUCAUGAAUAUCAGAUUUGGAAUGGGUCAUUUCAGCUCCCCAAUGAAACGUUGCAGGCACAAGGGAAUGCGGCCAUACAGACACACGUUAACAGCCACCGAGGUUCCAACGUGGAUAUGGAUCUGGACCGAUUGGAUUGGUUUCGAGCACAUGGCACGCAGGGCUCUGAUUGUGAGCCUCGGACACGCAAAGACUCGUUCUUCAGCUUUGGCGAUUUCCUGAGAUCGCGACGGUCUAGCAAAGUGGAUAAAGGGAAGGGGCGCAUGACUAUUGAAAACGAUACAGCUGUGGGGCCACUAGACGAAAUGGCGCUUCUAUCUAGUGGCAGUACGAGAUUGGUAGUGGAAACACGCUGUCUUGGUGAGAUUGGUGUUCUUCCUCGCGUGUCAAUGGAGACGAUGUUGCCUCUUUUGCCAAAGGAACCACAGGAUGUCCCACAGGCGGAGUUCUCCAGCUUGGAAUCUAGCACGCCAUCAUUGCAUUGCUCGGAGUCUUCGACACCACCCGGUGAAGAAGCGCAGGAAAGACAGAUGCACAGAGCACAACCAGUCAGCUCUUGCAUCACCAUACCACUUUUGUUAGAGGGACAGGCAGGAGAUGCAAAGGCAGCCUGUGGGUCUCCAGCGUCGUCGGUCUCUAGUAUGGAUGAUCAACUGGUUCCCAUUAGACCUGCGACGCCGGUUCUGGUCCCCACCAUUGUGUCAUCGCCAUCGCCACUGACCCCGAUGCAAAGUCUCAGUCUGGGCCCUCGGCAACACGAUAUGGAAUGGAGCCGGUGUUCUUCGAGCAAAUGCAGAUCUCGUGUCUCGUUGUGCGAGAUGUUGAGUGAUGAAGCGCCUCGGACGGUGUGCUGUUGCUCUUGUGUUCGGGGAGGAGGUAACAGGGCAUCGGGUGGACUGGGAUUGAGGAAGAGUUUGGAUGAUAGGUGUUGGUGGGAUGGCGAUGAUGGUGGCAAGAAUGGUGCAACGCGGAGAGUGCACAUGUGAGAGUGAAUGUUCAGGAAAACAAAAAAGUAGUCGCGGCUUGUUGGUGACGGGACGAGACGGGUAGUGCGUGAUCAUCACGAGUUGCUCUAUUCAGCGUUAGUAAUAGUUAGUAAUGAAUUGGAC